ACUGGAUAAACUUUUUGUAAGGGCGCUCUUGGUUUAUUUAUUAUCAGAAGAGCCAAAGCAUUUAUUUCGUUGAAAAAUAAGCGUUUUUUGUUUCGUUCUAUUUACGUUCAAACGUUUACAACUAUAUAUGAUCUAAAGUUGUUUACAGAUGGAAACUCUGUAUGAACAACUGGGUCACAGGCGUAUUCCAGGAGAUCAACAGUCAAACAAAAAGUUUUAUCUUACUCUACUCAGCACAGAAAUCAGACCAGAGGAGACAGUCGCACAACUACAGAAGAAAAUGUCGAUGAUCCACCAAGAGUUACAAAACCUAAAACAUAAACUUGAUGCUAAACGAAGUGACCACAGCGAGGAAAACCAUAAACUGAUGAAAAAGAUCGAGAAUUUGAAAGAACAGUUCCGAGAGAUGUUGGUGGAAAUGAGAAAACGAAAGGCAGCAGAUUCCGAAUUAGCAAUAUCAUUUAAUGAAGAUGACAGUACUGAGGAUGAUGAUGAGUAUGAUUUGCCCCGACGGCCAUUCCGUCGUCGAGCAAUGUCCGUAUCUUCUCGACUAUCAACAUCUUCAGUGUCCUCUACAGUUCGUCCUCUUCCAGCACCAACACCGAUGAUGACGCCGGACUACAGUCCUGAUUCUCCGUUAAUAACAGACAAGCAGGUUCCCUACACGAGUUAUAGUAGUGACAGAAAGUUUCAUACAGUCCCUUAUUCGGGCAGACGACCAUCUGCAAACCGUCAGACGAUGGAACAAUUUGAAAUUCUAGAAUAUCAGUAUUCACCUUCUAUGGAGAGAAGGGUUUUUCCAACUAAAAAGAUGAUUUAAUAGUUUAGUUUCUGUGUUAUUGUUAUUGACAUGAAGUGUUACAGAUAAUAUAGUUCUCAACGGGGAUUAGAUUAAACACUACACUAUUACAAUAAUGAAAUAAUUAAACUGUUAUGAUUUUGGAAUCACUUUAUUUAGAAAUGAAACGCAGUGUUUUGCCUUUUGAUUCCAUUUUUGAAAGUUAAUCAUCAAAAUAGCCAGUGCAGUUUUACAAACCAUUGACAUGACAUGAUGAUGUGCAAUAAUUUUGCAAUAUUACAUGAGAAAUAUUUAAUAUUUCAAUUUGAGAGUUUUGAUAUAUCUUUAUUGCAAUAACUUUAUAAGUAUGUUAAAUACUGUGCAAAAUACCAGUUAGUUUCUAUUCUGUACAGUCCCCCAGUUUAAAUUCAUGAACAGGAUGCAUUUUCAUAUAUAACCAAUACAAGGUGUAAAACGUGAUUACAUAAAGAACGCCAAUGACGGGGAAAAUGAUAAUUUUGCAGGGUAGAUUUUAUUGAGCCCGCUCGUGAACGAUGUUAGGCAUUGUCAGCUAACGUCCCCGCUCAAUACACUACAAUCAUUGCAAAACAGUACUUGUGUAACAUUCGGUAUAUACAAAAAGUACUUAACACAGAUUUCACUGUUUUAUAAUUAAAUUCCAAAAAUAUGUGUUAUUUGCGUCAUUCUCUUUGUAACGCAUAAUGUUUUGGAUCAAAAUAUAUGAAGAUGCUUUAAGUUACAUAUUUAUUUAUGUUUACAUAUUGAUUUAUGUUUGUUUACGUUUUCCACGUUUUAAAUUUGUUAUGAUAUAUUUAUGUUAACCUUAUUGUAAUGAUCCAAACAAAUUGUGCCAAUUAGAGAGCAAAAUGUAUGUGUGUAUAUUUGGAACGAUUAUUUAUUAUCAUGAAUAUGGUUAACCAAUAAAAGAUAGAUGAAUG